AUGCCUGAUCCAGCGAAACCCGCUCCCAAGAAGGGCGCCAAGAAAGCUCUGUCCAAACCGGCGAGCAAGUCUGGCAAGAAGCGCAAGAGGGCGAGGAAGGAGAGUUACGCCAUCUGCAUCUACAAAGUGAUGAAGCAGGUUCACCCCAACACCGGCAUCUCCUCCAAGGCCAUGACCGUCAUGAAUUCAUUCGUGAACGAUAUUUUCGAGCGCAUCGGGGGCGAGGCUUCCCGUCUGGCCCAUUACAACAAGCGGUCUACCAUCAGCUCCCGGGAGAUCCAGACCGCCGUGCGCCUGCUGCUGCCCGGGGAGCUGGCCAAGCACGCCGUGUCCGAAGGGACAAAGGCGGAGACCAAGUACACCAGCUCCAGUAAAGACAAAACAAACCCGAAAAUCAAAGGCUCUUUUAAGAGCCACUCACGGUUUCAUUAAAAGAGUUAUUCAAUGUUGAGACAUGGAUUUGAGGUAAAUUUGUAAAUUUUUUGUUGAUGCGCUCAUUCAGAAUCUUAUUUCCGUUACUCAGAACUUGCUGUCCAAUCUUCAGUGUAAUCCCGAUUUCCCUGUUAAUUCCUGCCCUCUGCACAGACACGGAAUAGUUACGCACCCCUUCCCCGUUGUUACUUCUAGGUCAUCAAAUUUCCCUAACGUGACACUAAUUGUUUCUGGUUUAGUUUCUGCGGGGAAUGCGGUUCAUUAAGUUUUGUCCCAUUUUGUUUACUUCUCUUAACUACAUUCCAACGCGAGUGCCGAACACUGUCACGGUUCGUUCAGAGUAUUUCUGAAGCCCACUUUCUGGAGGGCGACCCGAUGGUAAACUGACUUGAGUCUACACAAUGACCGACCGCGAAUAGACGCUGACAAUCGGUUUUAUUCUGAUCAUUUAUCAAUUGAUGGAAGUCGGUGAACUAAAAUACCAGACACCAUCGCAAUAUUGACUCUACUUGGUUUAAAUAUUUCGGUCUUCAGUAACGUGGGUAAAGGGGAGACAAACAAACCUGUUGUGGUUUAAUUUUAGCAACAAAGGCGUUUGUGGCGGUGUUUUGCA